AAGCACGUUUUCUCCUAGUUAUGCUGGUGACCGCUUUAUUUUGGCAUCAUAGUUUGAGUCUAAAAGAGAGUGAGUAGGCUUCAUUGCAUUACUGUCGUUUCCAACGUAAUAAUGACAAGGUCCUUGGUGCUGACGGUCUCCAUUUUGCUGCUGCUCAUUUUCGGCUGCACCGGCCACGGCAUGUACCAUGGCUGGGGUCGAAGUCACGGUGGACGCUGGCAUGACCGAUGGGAUGGACAUAGGGGGAUGGGAAACGGAGGGGGUUGUCCUGGGUGUGGACGCUGGGGAAUGAUGAUGGGUCGACGCUUUGGCUGGGACGAGAUGAUGGGUCCAGGAUGGGGCAGACGCUGGCAAACUGAUGGCGGUGAUGGUUCGCCCUCGCGUGGUCUAUGCGGGGAGGAAAGUUACGACCCCAGUACUCACAUGUGCUGUGGAGGAGGCGUGCACGCAAUAGACGACAACACGUUUUGCUGUGGCGGAGAGGUCGUGAAUGCGAACACAGAAUCUUGCUGCGCGGGAAACAAGUAUAGACUGAAAGAAAACAAGGGUUGCUGCCGUGGUCUCCUGUACGACACCACAAAGGACUUGUGUGAGAGGGGGAGAAUCAUUUCUAAACCAGACUCCACGUUGAAAGUUGUGGAAUGAAAAACGUGACGACUGCUGUAGUUAUAUCUGACGUCAGCGCAUAUUUGGAGAAGGUGUGGAAGAACGGGUAGAAGGAUUGAAAAAGGAUGUACCUCACACAGUUGUCGCAGAUGACAUUGUUUAAGGCAUGCAGUACGCAUAAGACCUUUACACAGCCAAAAAUACACUUUCCUGUCAAUCACUGAACGUUUUCCUUUAUCGCCAAAUUACACCAUAUCCAGAACCGUUGCCAAAGUCACAACAUAAACCCGUUUCUGAUUUUGUAAUGGAGAUGAAGACUGGUUCUUCUCUCACGUGAAUGUUAAAAGAUUUCAAAAUGUGGUUAAUAGUGAUUUUCUCAACAGUUUUGGAUAGGAUAUGCCUAUUUUGGUAGUAAAGGAAAUUUGUUGAAAUUUUCAGGAAAGUUUUAUCAUUAUUUUUAUUCAUUUUUUUUAUAUGUAUACCAAUUAAUUUUGCAAAUAACCUCUGACCCUCCAUUAUUAUGUGCCUUAAAGCUAUGCCAAAGAAACAUCGUUUAUGCAAUUUAAAGGGAUAGCAACACUUCAUUUUGGCGGGAAAAGUGCCAUAAAACGGAUUUUUCCGGGGGUAAACAACGGUGUUCCCAUACUUACCAAUGGUAAAUAUAUCCGUUCUGACAUUCAAAAUUAAUCGAUUGUUGUUUUAAGUGUGCUUUUAUAAUCUUAAGAGAUUCUUACAGAAGGUAGAAAUCUAUGAAGGUUCAUAGGUCCGAUGGGAAGCACAGAUUUCAGAAUAUUUGCAUUGACCGCCGUUUUGGUGGUAAAAUGGAAUUUAUCAUAUUUCUAUUUGUUGUUUCCAAUGUAUUUAUUGUGGAAUUUUGAAUCUCAUACGAACAGUUGUUAUCCCUUUAAGAUUUUCCCUUUAAGAUUUUUAAGAGAAAUCCGAAAAAAUACCGUGUAUCGUAAUGACAAUCAUUGCUUCAAUCAGCAUUAAUACAGUUUGGCGUUAAAUGUAGCAUUGAUGGGCGAUGCUUUUACGCGGGGUUCAGAACGUGAUGGAGUGUUAUUUUUAUAAUAAAGGAAUUGAGUAAACUCGU